AUGGACCGAGAUAACAUGAUGAGGUUGGAGACGCCGAGAAGAGAGUUGAUCUCCCGUGCACGCUCCUUCAGUCUUGCCACCUCGAAAAACCGUUGCAAAAAAAUGGACAACGAGAAGGCGUUGAGAUUUGAGCUGGAAUGCCGUCGCACCGGAAAGUGUCGUGAGAUCGUUGCAGAUGUUCAGCACAGUCGAAUGCCACGUCACAUGGAGCAAGAAGCUUGCUCAUUGGCCGCCAAAAGCAUUAUGACGUAUCAUUUGGAGCAUGACAUUGCUCGACACCUGAAAAUGGCAUUCGACAGAGAAUACGGACCAGAUUGGCAUUGUAUUUGUGGAAAACACUUUGGAUCGUUUGUCACUUUUGAGCCGGAUAGCUUCAUCUAUUUCCGAAUUGGAACUAUCGCAUUCAUGCUUUUCAAAACGUCUCUUCAACGAUUGCCCAUCAUGGAGAAGCAUUUGGAGAAUGUGAAAUUGACACCGAAGACAAUUCUAGGAAGAAGUAGACUGAUGACACCGAAAAGUGAGGACGAUGAAGAGAGUACAAGUGCAUCGGAUGUUUCAUGA